UUGUAUUGCGUGUUGUUUUCCAGCAACCUGUAAUUAUCAUUUACUCUCAUUACCAUCCACAGAUCAGCUUGCCAUUCAAGAUCAUUUCUCCCUGAUCCACUGAGUAGAUGGGCAUUUAUUACUUCAGCAGCAAAGAGGUGAGAAAUGUCUUCUGAUGAGUCCUGGUCUCCAAGUGAAGAGGAUAGCCAAGCAUCGAAACUUGCAAGAAAAUCCCGGGAUGCUCCCUUUGUCCCCAUAGGACUGGCAGGUUGCUUUGCUGUUGUGGCUUAUGGUCUUUACAAACUAAAGCAUCGGGGAAGCCAAAAAAUGUCAGUCCAUCUCAUCCACAUGAGAGUGGCAGCACAAGGAUUUGUCGUUGGUGCAAUAACCAUUGGCGUUCUGUAUUCUAUGUACAGAGAUUACAUCAAACGUCCAGGCAUGAAAAAUAAUCCAGGCUCCAAAGAAUGAACAAUAAAGCGUGGUAAUCAACAUCAUUUUAAAAUGUGUAUAAAAGCUUCAUGAAGCAUGUGCAUCAGUUGUUUUAUCAGGAUUUCUGUAACUUUCUUAUUUAUUAAAGCAACAUGAAAAUGUUACAAAA